AUGGCGCCGGGUUCUUCCAAGGAGAUUUUUGUGGGAAACAUUCCUUUCAAUCUUAGCGAGGAGCAAAUAACGGGCAUAUUAAAUACUGUCGGCCAGGUAACGAGCUUCCGGUUGAUGACCGAUAGUGGUACUGGAAAACCUAGAGGAUAUGGCUUCGCGACAUACGCAGACCCAGACCAGGCCGCUUCUGCUGUGCGAAACCUGAACGACUAUGAGGUUGGAGGACGCAAGAUCAGAGUCGAUUGGCCCCAUCAGCAGAACAAGGAUGCAGCAGACAAGGCGAGCGAUGGGGAUAUGGUGCCGCCUGAUGGUGCCUACAAUGGACAAGCUGCUCAAACAGCUCUACCUCCUCUUCCACCUGGUGUCGAACUUCCUCCUAAUCUCAAAGCCACCGAUGCUAUUUCUCAGACUCUGAGCCAGCUCCCGCCACAGACACUACUCGACAUAUUGACUCAAAUGAAAUCCCUGGCUAUCUCCGAACCUGCAAAGACAACAGAACUCCUUCGUCAACAACCACAACUAUCCUACGCCAUUUUCCAAGCUCUCCUCCUCAUGGGUCUAGUCGACGAAAAGAUCUUCCAGCAAGUCCUCGACCAACCCCAGCGCCCUGCCGCCGUCGUACCACCCCCCAUGGCUGCUCAGCCACCUCCCAUCCCACCACCACAUCAAACUCCUCACCCACAAUACCCACCAAUGCCACAGCAACAUCCACAGUACCCUGGCUAUCCACCUCCACCCAUUCCAGGCCAGCAAAUGCCAGGCGUGGGCAUGCCACCUAGAGUCAUGCCUCCGUAUGGUGCACCGCCUCCACCUUACCCACCACCACAACAGCAGCUUCAACAACAGCCGCCUCCCGUCCAGGCACCUCCACAACCUGAUCAGAACCAGUUGUUGCAGCAGAUUCUGGCCAUGGAUCAAAGGACUAUUGACAGUUUGCCGGAGACGGAGAAGCAGCAGGUAUUGCAGAUUAGAGCUCAGAUGGGCGUGAGAUGA